GCAACACAACUCACGCGCGCAGCUCCUGCAACAAAAGCACGAACGCGACAAUAAUUUUGAACCCGAACUGCCACUGGACAAACUGUACCUAGGCGAUCACCUGUGUCGCUCAGAAAAGCCGGACGUUACGCUUACGCGUCCACUACCACUGCCAUUGACACGCGUGUCAUCGCCCUCCGCAGCAAAACUUACACCAAAGCGCACUGACGCGGAACCGCUUGCAUUGACAGUACCGCAAAGUGACUUGAUGCCACCAGUGCAAACGGAAACUUCUCUAUUGCCACAAACGGCUGCUCUAACUGAUUCUGUUGGACCGAGUUUGGAAUAUUUUAAGAAGAAAUUCGGCUAUCAAAAUCCCGACUCACCUACGGUGCAGAAUCUGGAACAAAAGAUGCCGCUUAAUUCUAUUACGGUAAAGCCGAACGAACGUUCCCCGUCACCCGUCAUUCCAGCAUAUGCUAAUUUUGAAUUGGCCAAGCGCAUGCAUCAUGAUAAUUUGGAUCAUCAACCACUGCCGGAUUGCGUGGUGGAUAUGGCGUUCCGCAAGCGUCAAAUGACCGGAGAACACCCGGGUCUAGCGCUCGAUAUUUCCCCCUUUGCCACGGGCGUUGGCAUCCGGACACAUAAUGCUGGUCCGACGCAUUGUACGAAAAUGAAAGUGUUUCGACCGCGCACUUGCGGCGUUGUGCCCAAAGCCUACAAUGGCGACUUAUCGCGUGCAAUAUCUUCCGCGCAAUCACAACAUAAGCCAAUGACAGCAAUGGAUUUAGCCAUAGGUUGGGAUUAUAGGCCUGCAAAUCCGGCGAAUGAGCCACAGCCGCCACCGCACAUAGAUGGCUCUGACGACACCGCCGGUCCGGCCGUUUUCAAUUACGUGAAAACGCCACGCGAUGAAACUACAACAGAUCUUGGCCGCUCGGCUGGCGUAUUCAAUAGCACGCUGGGCGAAACGGGCUUCUUUGACAAGGACAUUAUACGCCGCAAAUCAGACUUUGGCGAUAGAAUAACCGAACGUGGUGCCGACUGCCUUUGCAACACCGACGACUGUGUUGCACGCGCGCCACGCGCACGCAGCAUGACUCGCAAUUGCACUAUGCCUACAAAUCGGAUGUGUAAACAAUAUCAAUCUUCGCCGAAUAUGUUGGUCGAUGAGGGAUAUCGUGCUCUGCGCCAAAAAUACCUUGGCGGCAGCGGCGGUGACGUUACAGGUUCAUGCGAAGCGCUUAUACCCGAACGCGGCUGUAGACGAUCGAAAGCCAACGCUGGUGCGGCUGGCUUCUUAAGGCGAGCGCGCUCAAGGCUUUGUCACAAGGUGGCACCGGAGCCGCCCCACUGCUAUCACGCGACGCCAGCACGCGCUGUCUGUAAAGCACCACCAUUUCGGGUGGGCGUACCAAAAUACGAUGCAGCUGGCUAUUUCGUUAGCACGGACAGUGGCUGCAGCAUGGAGGCUCACAACGCCAGUCGUGUUUUGGUGGUGCCACGGCAACGGGAUCCCUACGCAAAGCGAAAUUAUGAUAUUGACACGUUGGUGCCACCGUUUCGCAGUUUUGGCGGCGGCGCUGGAGAGGGCGGUUACCCGGAACAUUGGCGUUUGGCCAGUGUAUAUCAACACGCAUACAAACCACUCGAGCAACGACGAAGGCCGCUCCUCCAAACUGUUUACAAAUAAUGCAUGGUAU